UUUCUGUUUCUAUAAUUUUGACUAUGUUAGAUACUACAGAGUUAAAAUAGAUUCCUACGGUAUCUAUUCUUCUGCAGCUGGCUUCUUGUGUUUAGCAUAAUGUCUUUGAAAUUGUUCCAUGUUGUAGCAUGUGACAGGAUUUUCUUCUUUUUAAGGCUGCAUAAUAGUCUAUGUUCCUGUUGGCUGAGUAUUGGCUCUAGGACUGGCACCAGGCACUGGAAUUAAACAUUCUGGACUCCAGAGGGGUAUGAAAACUCCUCCUGAAGGAUGCAGAGGAAGAUUCGAACUGGAGGAAAACCCUAAAAUAAACAAUAACAAUAAAAGUUCAAAACCUGAAAAGUGAACCAUGAAGCUCAGUAAAAAGGACCGAGGAGAAGACGAAGAAAGUGAUUCAGCGAAAAAGAAAUUGGGCUGGUCCUGCUCGCUCCUCGUGGCCUCCCUCGCGGGCGCCUUCGGCUCCUCCUUCCUCUACGGCUACAACCUGUCGGUGGUGAACGCCCCCACCCCGUACAUCAAGGCCUUUUACAAUGAGUCAUGGGAAAGAAGGCAUGGAUGUCCAAUAGACCCAGACACUCUGACUCUGCUCUGGUCUGUGACUGUGUCCAUAUUCGCCAUCGGUGGACUUGUGGGGACGUUAAUGGUGAAGAUGAUUGGAAAGGUUCUUGGGAGGAAGCACACUUUGUUGGCCAAUAAUGGGUUUGCAAUUUCUGCUGCAUUGCUGAUGGCCUGCUCGCUCCAGGCAGGAGCCUUUGAAAUGCUCAUCAUGGGACGCUUCAUCAUGGGCAUAGAUGGAGGCAUCACCCUCAGUGUGCUCCCCAUGUACCUCAGUGAGAUCUCACCCAAGGAGAUCCGUGGCUCUCUGGGGCAGGUGACCGCCAUCUUCAUCUGCAUUGGCGUGUUCACUGGGCAGCUUCUGGGCCUGCCUGAGCUGCUGGGGAAGGAGAGUACCUGGCCGUACCUGUUUGGAGCGAUUGUGGUCCCUGCCGUUGUCCAGCUGCUGAGCCUUCCCUUUCUCCCUGACAGCCCACACUACCUGCUCUUGGAGAAGCACAACGAGGCGAGAGCUGUGAAAGCCUUCCAGACAUUCUUGGGUAAAGCAGACGUUUCCCGAGAGGUAGAGGAGGUCCUGACUGAGAGCCACAUGCAGAGGAGCAUCCGCCUGGUGUCCGUGCUGGAGCUGCUAAGAGCUCCCUACGUCCGCUGGCAGGUGGUCACCGUGAUUGUCACCAUGGCCUGCUACCAGCUCUGUGGCCUCAACGCAAUUUGGUUCUAUACCAACAGCAUCUUUGGAAACGCUGGGAUCCCUCCGGCAAAGAUCCCGUACGUCACCUUGAGUACGGGGGGCAUCGAGACUUUGGCUGCCAUCUUCUCUGGUUUGGUUAUUGAGCACCUGGGACGGAGACCUCUCCUCAUUGGUGGCUUUGGGCUGAUGGCCCUCUUCUUUGGGACCCUCACCAUCACGCUGACCCUGCAGGACCGUGGCCCCUGGGUCCCCUACCUGAGUAUCGUGGGCAUUCUGGCCAUCAUCGCCUCUUUCUGCAGUGGGCCAGGUGGCAUCCCGUUCAUCUUGACUGGUGAGUUCUUCCAGCAAUCUCAGCGGCCAGCUGCCUUCAUCAUCGCAGGUACCGUCAACUGGCUCUCCAACUUCGCUGUUGGGCUCCUCUUCCCAUUCAUCCAGAAAAGUCUGGACACCUACUGUUUCCUAGUCUUUGCUACAAUUUGUAUCACAGGUGCUAUCUACCUAUAUUUUGUGCUGCCUGAGACCAAAAACAGAACCCAUGCAGAAAUCAGCCAGGCAUUUUCCAAAAGGAAUAAAGCAUACCCACCAGAAGAGAAAAUUGACUCAGCUGUCACUGAUGGUAAGACAAACUGAAGGCCUGAACAAGUUUCCUCCUCCACGUUGGACAAUUAUGUCAAAAACAGGAUUGUCUAAAUAGAUGAUCUCACUUUUCAGGAAACUUAAAAUUUACCCAUAAUUGGGAGACUUAAAUGAAUUGAAGCUAUGCAAGUCUUUUAUAUUAUGAAGUAUUUAAAAGUAGACCUGUACUAAUCUAACAUUGCAACUAUGUUAGCAUUAUUCACAACUGAAUCUCCCAAACUCUUCUGGAAGCUGCAAGGAAUCACUGUAUGUUUCAGUAGACUCAGCGUUCUUCUAUAUAGGUUGACGACCUGCCUUCUUCAUGACUCAACCCAUGAUUUCAAAAUGAAAUUGGGGAAACAGUAUGUUAAUGCUUUAUCAAAGAAAAAUCAAUUUGGUCUGUUAGGGGACUCAACGGAUGAGAGAUCACAGACUGAGAUUCUAGUCCCAGCUUUACCACAAGCAGCCUUGACCUGCCCUCAACCUGGGUCCCAGUGCCUCAAUGACCCUAGGCUUCCAUCCCUGAUAUAGGCUUUCAGAAGUCAGUGGAAAGAUUAUUCAUAGAGCCUAAGAAAUGCCUGUUUCCAAUAUUUGACCUUGUGGAUCUCAGGCUUUGGAGAGCCUAAUACCAACCCACCAGCCUGCAGAUUUUGUCUUUCCCAAACUGUGUUCCAGGAAUGGGCUCAAAACUUCAGGGCUGAUGCUGUCCUCACCCCAGACUAUUAGAGUCCUGUGUGCUCACAGAGAACAUGAAGAAUAGCAAUGUGUGGAAGACUUAACUUUCUCGUAAUUCCAGCAGGGACUGAAAAUUGACCUCUAUCCAAAUGAAAAGCAAUGUUGAGGAUGAUCUAAAGCUAAACCUAGGCUUGGUGAGGGAAAAAAAAACAUUGUGAUUAAUUGGUGAUCUCUGCCACAAGUGUGGGGCUCAGAGUGUCAGCACGGGUACCUCAUGUUUACCAAGUCUAGAAGAGAUUUCUCUGUAAAGGUAAUGAGCUGUCUUGAAAGAUGGGGAGUUCACCAUCACUCAAAGUGCUCAAGGGAAGACUGGGUGAUUACUCAUCUUGACUGUUGCUAGGAAAAUCUGGGUCAACUUUGAAGGAAGGUGUUUGGAAUAGAUAUGUUGAAGGGCUCUUCUAACUCUUACAUGCUAGGGUUGUUUGCGUAAGAGCUACUUACAGCCUGCUAUUGUAAUGUGUGGCUUGCGUUUUGGGCGAUUUCCUAUACUUGCUUCUAAAAUGAAACAAAGUGUCCUAAAGUAAAGUAAAGUGCAUUUGAAUUAGCACCAGUGUGUUUGAAUUUGGUAUCUCAUAGGAGUGGGGCCAGAGAGGACUUGACUUAGCAAUACCACUAGAAUCCUUUCGGCCAUAAUCCCUUGGGUUUCCUGAUCAUUCUUGACAAUGGCAGCCUUAGCCAAAACUUGAGUUCAGUUUUCCUUUUCUGCGGAGUAUUCUUUCAUCACUGGGCCACUCCUUUGGUUAAUUGCCAACUCAGUGCACCAUGCCAUCCAGCUUUGGGUUGGCUGAAAAAUUUGGACAGUGUUUGUCAAGACAAAGAGAAAGUGAGGUGUGGGUUCCAAAAGUGCCUAAGGCCAAAAGAGCCAAGGGAAAGACAGUGUAAAACAAAAAUCUUAGCUUUUUGGUGUUCUCUUUUAUUUGGAGACAAGAGAAUUUAGGUAAUAAAUAUUUAUUAGGUACCUACCAUAGACAAGGCACUAGCUAUGUACUAAAGAUGUAUCAGUAAGCAGGAAAAUAUACUGCCCUCACCUGCAAAAGCCCAUGUCUACCAGAGAAGAUAGAAAAUCAAAGCAUUAACUGUAAAGUUGUCAUCAGUACUGUACUUUACAGUACAGUAAAUUGUCAUCAAUACAGUGAUAUAGAAACAUGCCACAGGGAUGACUGGGGUGAGAGGUGAGAAUCAGGAAAACCUUCCCAAAUAAGUGACAGAAAUAGAAUGGGGAACACUAUGACUAUCAGGCAAUAGGGCAGGAAUUAUUCUUACAUGUUAUUUUAUUUGAAAAGCUCAUAGAGCCAUUUCUUACUCCAUUUUCUACUGCUUAUAACAGAAUACCUGAAACUGGGUAAUUUAUAGACAAAUAUACUUAUUUUUUUACAGUUCUGGAGGCUGUAGAGUUCAAUGUCAGGCAGACAUCUGACGAGUGCCUUCUUACUGGUGGGGACUCUUGCAGUCCUGAGGCAGCACGGGGAAUCACAUGGUGAGGCAGCUAAGUGUGAUCACUGGGGUCUCUCUUCUCUUUAUAAAACCACCAGUCCCACUCCCAUGAUGACCCAUUCAUUCAUUCACUCAUUAAUCCAUUAAUUCAUGAGGGCUCUCAUGAUCCGACUACCUUUUAAAGACUCCGCCUCUCAAUACUGCCACAUUGGGGAUUAAGUUUCAACAUGACUUUCAGAGGGGACAUUCAAACCAUAGCAGCCACAUUAAGGAAAUUUUUGAAAAAUAAAACAAUAAGACAUCCAUAAUCUCAUAUCUUUCACUCCCCCAACAUAAGCAAUUUAAUUUUUAGACAGCUCUGUCCAUUUCUUGCUUAUUAUUCAUCCAGUUGGAAUCACAGAAUACGUGAAACACAAUUACAAUCAUCUUGUCUCUUAUCUUGUAUUUUUUCCACUUUAUAUUAAAUCAAAUGCAUCAUCUCAAUUCCAAACCCUUUUUUUUUAUUCUCUUGAUAUUCACUCCUGUGAAUUCUUCAUGUAUAAAGUUGUUUUUCACAGCCACACACUUGUACCACAAAUCUAGGGGGUAUUCUUUCUUUUAGUGUCCUUAAUAUUGUAUUACUUUCUAAUACUCACACUUUAACUUUACAGAUGAGUAGAAUGGAAUAGCUGUGCUUCAGAAUAGAACCUUUUUCUUAUGUUUGCUUGGGCCUUCCUCCUCUCUGUUACCUAUGUUGAUAAUCUAGGAUUUGUUGUCUCACAUUUUCCUCCAUGUUCAUAUGAUAUUCAAUGAAAUAAAAUACAUGUGACAUUAAAAAAAA